AUGAAGGUAUGUAUUAUGUUUAUAAUAAUAUUAGUUAGCUGCAUCUGAAGCAUUCAAGAAACUAAAAUUGAAACAUUAUUAAUAGGCUAAAGUUACUACAACCAAGUUUUAUUAAACAAAACCUUUUUUUUCAAUGCCUGAAUAAGUUGAAAAAGAAUCUGGUGUAUUAGCACCAAAAAGAGUUAAUUAAGUUGAUUUAUUUAAAAGAUAUACUUAUGAAGUAUUACCUGCUCUUGAAUAAUCAGUAGAAUUGGAUUUACUUGAAAAAGUAUUUUAAAAAGUAGAUCCUGUAGUAAGAGAAUCAAUUACAUAAGUAAAAUAUAAUCAAAUCAUAUUAGGCCUAUAUUAGAAAGUAAGUUGAAUAAUUAGCCUAAUAACCAGAUCCAACAUCAAUAAAAGAUCUUGAAGACAAUACUAAAAGUAAUAUGCCAAGAGAAAAAGCAAAAUUAUUUUUACAAAAUUGGUUAGAUUUAAAUCCUAUCUAAAUUGGAAAAUGGAUUCCCUUAAAUUAUGAAUUAUUUAAGAAAACAUUCAAAUUUUUAUCUCCAGGUGAUUUCCAAAAAAACCUAAUUGAAUUAUCCAAAAAUUUCUCACUUAUGAUGACAGAUGAAGGAUUUAAAACAAUUGAUUAUGUUGAUUCAAGUAAAAGAAUACCACAAAUAUUCAAUUAUAAAAAGUUAUCUAAAGAUAAUUUCAAAAAAGAAGGAUAUUUUAUUAUUAUGUUUAAUGUCUUAAAAGGAGAUUUUAAUGAUGAACUUAAGAAACAUAGAAAUAAUGAAUUAUUUUAAAGAAUAUUUGCAACAAGUGUUAAUUUUGAUGCCUUAUUGACUGUUAUAUUGAAUCAUUGGGAAUUAGUAUAAUAAUUAAGAACUCCAGAAUAAAGAAAAGAAUUCUUUAAAUCUCUUGUUGAUUAAUUAUUGGAAAAGAUUGAUAAAUAAUAACCUAAUGCAUCUAUGCCUGAACUAUUAUUUUCAACUGUAAAAACAUUACAAUUUAAAGAUUUUACUUUGGAUCUAACAUAAUAUGUAAAUAAUCCAUUUCCAGUUCCAAAAACAUUAAUUGAAAAUAGAUUUGGAGUAUUAAAUCAAUUAAUAAAUUAUAGGAAUAAUACUAUGGAUAUUCAAGUAAUUUACUUUUCUAUGGAGAUCAUGGUGCUGGUAAAUCUGGUGUAUUAAUGUAAGCAAUUAUGUAUGCAUAAUAAACUGGAUGGAUAGUUGCAGUUGUUCCAUCUGGAUAUAAGUAUUAAAUAAAUUAAUAGUAUUUUAGUUGGACUUCAUUAAAAUAUGAAGCUAAAAGACAUCCUAAAACUGGAUUAUAUAUGUAACCAAAAGCAGCUUAAGAAUGGUUAGAAUAAUUUAAAGAAGCUAAUCAAGAACAUUUAAAAACCUUUUAAGUAGAUUUAAGUCUUUAUGGUAAAUUCAAUUUAAGUGGUGUUCAUGAUAAUGAUCCUGAUCCUUGUCCCAAUUUAUAUGAUGAAAGAAGAUAAUAUCAUUUCAAAGAUUUUGAGAAAUUUAUAACUAAAGAAGAAAGAGAUUUUGAAGAAGCCCAAGAUUAAAUUAUGUCUGCAAGAAUUACAUUGAAAAUUCCAAAACCUUAAUACUUAUAAGAGAUUAUUGAUUAUGGUAUUUCAAAUGCUCAUUAUGCAACUAAUGCUGUUUAUGAAGUAAUGGAAUAAUUAUAUAAUACUGAAAAAUAUAAAGUAUUAGUAGCUGUUGAUGGUAUUAAUUGGUUUUAUAGACCAUCACAAUUACCAUCAUUUCGUUAUGAAUCUGAUAAAGAUUUAAGGGUAAUUAUAUUUUAUUCAUUAUUUUAAGGGACAUGUACCACCAUAUCAUAUGUCAUUACCUAGAUUAUUUAUGCAUUUUGAUNAAAAGGAGAUUUUAAUGAUGAACUUAAGAAACAUAGAAAUAAUGAAUUAUUUUAAAGAAUAUUUGCAACAAGUGUUAAUUUUGAUGCCUUAUUGACUGUUAUAUUGAAUCAUUGGGAAUUAGUAUAAUAAUUAAGAACUCCAGAAUAAAGAAAAGAAUUCUUUAAAUCUCUUGUUGAUUAAUUAUUGGAAAAGAUUGAUAAAUAAUAACCUAAUGCAUCUAUGCCUGAACUAUUAUUUUCAACUGUAAAAACAUUACAAUUUAAAGAUUUUACUUUGGAUCUAACAUAAUAUGUAAAUAAUCCAUUUCCAGUUCCAAAAACAUUAAUUGAAAAUAGAUUUGGAGUAUUAAAUCAAUUAAUAAAUUAUAGGAAUAAUACUAUGGAUAUUCAAGUAAUUUACUUUUCUAUGGAGAUCAUGGUGCUGGUAAAUCUGGUGUAUUAAUGUAAGCAAUUAUGUAUGCAUAAUAAACUGGAUGGAUAGUUGCAGUUGUUCCAUCUGGAUAUAAGUAUUAAAUAAAUUAAUAGUAUUUUAGUUGGACUUCAUUAAAAUAUGAAGCUAAAAGACAUCCUAAAACUGGAUUAUAUAUGUAACCAAAAGCAGCUUAAGAAUGGUUAGAAUAAUUUAAAGAAGCUAAUCAAGAACAUUUAAAAACCUUUUAAGUAGAUUUAAGUCUUUAUGGUAAAUUCAAUUUAAGUGGUGUUCAUGAUAAUGAUCCUGAUCCUUGUCCCAAUUUAUAUGAUGAAAGAAGAUAAUAUCAUUUCAAAGAUUUUGAGAAAUUUAUAACUAAAGAAGAAAGAGAUUUUGAAGAAGCCCAAGAUUAAAUUAUGUCUGCAAGAAUUACAUUGAAAAUUCCAAAACCUUAAUACUUAUAAGAGAUUAUUGAUUAUGGUAUUUCAAAUGCUCAUUAUGCAACUAAUGCUGUUUAUGAAGUAAUGGAAUAAUUAUAUAAUACUGAAAAAUAUAAAGUAUUAGUAGCUGUUGAUGGUAUUAAUUGGUUUUAUAGACCAUCACAAUUACCAUCAUUUCGUUAUGAAUCUGAUAAAGAUUUAAGGGUAAUUAUAUUUUAUUCAUUAUUUUAAGGGACAUGUACCACCAUAUCAUAUGUCAUUACCUAGAUUAUUUAUGCAUUUUGAUGGUCAUAAAAUAAAAAAUGGUACUAAAAUAACUGCAUCUUCUAUUUACAAAUUAUUUUAACAUGAUUUUUAACCUAAACAUGUACUCUUACCUUAAAAAUAUGGUAUAAAAUUAAAUGGAGCACCUUUGGAUAUGUUUAGAUCAUUCUGUGAAUAUGGAAUUUAAACAGGAAUGUGGAAAUGUGAUGAAUUUUCUUAAACUACUAUUGAAUAAUUUUGGAUGGAAACUUAAGGUAAUUAUUUUGAAGCAAUUAAAUGUAUGAAAGUUCAUUGGAGAGAUAUAUGAUAAUGU